AUGAUAUCUGAAGUUAAGACAGAAUUCCUCGUCGUGGGAGCAGGUCCAGCAGGGGCAGCUCUAGCAUCUUUCCUUGGGCAGAAUGGCCUGAAGGGGAUGAUGAUAGCUGGCUCAGCCGGUACCGCAGACACGCCCAGGGCUCAUCUCGUGAACCCCUUUACUAUGGAAUGUCUUCGUGACAUCUCUAUUGAAGAUGAUGCCAUGAGACUCUCCCUUCCACCUGAGCUGAUCGGAGCGUUUCGGUACUCCCGUAGUCUCCUGGGCCAGGAAUUAGGCAAAGUACACCACUGGGAGGGGGUGCCUGAAAAUGCAAUGAACGUGAAGAAGCAUACGCCGUCCAGGUGGAUUGACCUCCCGCAGACAUAUCUGGAUCCAAUCCUGGUCAAACAUGCCACGCACCACGGGUUCCCAGCUCGCUUCUCGACGGAGCUCGUCUCGGCAGAGAAGGACCCGGCGAGCGGAGAGUGGACUUGCACGGUGAAUGACCUUAUUCGCAACGACACUUAUCGUAUACGUACCAAGUUCCUCUUUGGUGCCGACGGAGGCCGCAGCCAGAUCGCAAGGUCUGCGAAUGCCACACUGUCAUCGCAACCUUCACAGGGCAUCGCUUGCAACGUCUUGUUCAAGGCGGACCUUUCCCACCUGAUGGAAGAACGCAACGCGCAACUACACACCAUCAUCAACCCAGCUGCAAAUUCGCGCUUCGGCCGAGGACCCAUCAUUCGAAUGAUCCGCCCCUUCCACCAAUGGAUGGUUGUCUCCUUCUCGCCUGGAAUUACGGCCGAGCAGGACCCGUUCAAAGGCGUCGGACCAGACGACCCGGAGCUUGUGGCAUGGGUCCGGGAAGCGAUCGGGCUGGGCAACAACCCGCUGACCAAAGACAUACCUGUCAAGGUCGAGCGGCUUGACCCUUGGGUCGUCAGGGAGACGGUGGCGGACAGCUUCACCCCUGACGAGAACGUGUUCCUGCUGGGUGAUGCGGCGCACAGACACCCACCAGCUUAUGGCCUGGGAAGCAACACUUGUGUGCAGGAUGGGUACAACCUGGCCUGGAAGGUCGCAUACGUCGCGAAGGGCCUUGCCGGGCCUGAGCUCCUUCAGUCGUACAACGCAGAGCGGCAGCCAGUGGGCGCGCAGCUCGUCAGGGAGGCCAACCGGUGUCUGCUCCAGCACCUCAAUGUCUGGGCUGCGCUCGGGAUGGUGGCCGACACACAGGAAGAGCGCGAGCGGGCCCACAGUCUUCUGACCGAGGCGACGCCCGCAGGAGAGGCCCAGCGGCAGAGGCUGCACGAAGCCCUGGAGGCCAAGAUGGGAGAGGGCAAGAGCCUCGGGCUGUGUAUGAACCAAUGGUACGAGUCCUCAGCCGUGUAUCUCGACGACGAGCCAGGGCCUCGGGCCCUGCCAGAGGGAUUCGAUCGAAUCUCGGAUGUUCAUGUGUCAACAUACCCGGGCUCGCGGCUCCCGCAUGCCUGGCUGGACACGCCGGUGAGGAGGAAGGCAAUCUCCACACAUGAUCUGGCCGGAAAGGGGGCGUUCUGUCUGCUGACGGGCUAUGGGGGAGAGGGCUGGCAGAAAGCGGCCAGCAAGAUCUCGCAAAAGACGGGGAUCCCGAUCAACACGUACAGAAUCGGGUUUGGCCUAGAGUGGCAGGACAUCAACCGCGAGUGGUACGAGAGGAGGGGCGUGGAGGACUCUGGAUGUGUUCUGGUGCGGCCGGACCGGUUUGUUGCGUGGAGGAGCCCCAAGCUGGUCCAAGACUGCGAGGGCAAACUGGCGACAGUGCUGGACAAGAUCCUAUCUCGGCCAUGA